AAAAAAGAAAACAUUAUUGGGAGUGACGACUGACGACGCUUUUCAGUUGCGGCGCUGCGCAGACAGACGCAGCCGCGCUAUCCUUUUUAAUCAUCAUCAUCUUCUUCUUCUAGCUCUAACCUCAAUUCGGCAGUAAUGGAGUUCGAGGUGAAAUUAGUCGGUGCCAUAGAGGACUGCUACGUCUCCCUCCCUCUCCCCCUAAUCCAAACCCUCCACUCCUCCUCCCCAUCUCUCCCUCCCGUCCUCGCCCUCGACCUCCGCUCCUCCUCAAACGACGACCGCUGGACCGUCGCUUGGUCCGGCGCCACCUCCUCUUCUCCCGCAAUCGAGGUAGCUCAGCAAUUCGGAGAGUGUAUUUCGAUGCCGAAUCGUUCUAGGGUUCAGGUGCGAGCUCUUUCGAAUGUGGCGAAAGCUACUUUGGUGACGAUCGAGCCGUGUACUGAGGAUGAUUGGGAGGUCAUGGAGCUUAACUCCGAGCUUGCUGAGGCUGCUAUAUUGAAUCAGGUGAGGAUUGUUCAUGAAGGAAUGAAGUUUCCUUUGUGGUUGCAUGGCCGCACCACCAUUACAUUUCUUGUUGUUUCAACCUUUCCCAAGAAAUCGGUGGUGCAACUGGUGCCAGGGACUGAAGUCGCAGUUGCUCCAAAGAGACGCACGAAUGUCAACUCGAAUGGGGAUGGAAUGCUCUCGUCUAAUAUUUCAAAAGCACUACUCCGUGUUCAAGAUGCAGACAGGAGAUUAGUUCACCAAAGUAAUGUGAAAGGUGUUGAGCUUGGAGUUGUUCUCACUUCUGUUGCUAUUAUUCACCCAGAAACAGCAAAAAUGUUCUCAUUACAGUCUCUUGAGUUAGUAGCUGUUGUGCCGAGAUUGGUACCAAAAGAAAGCAUGAAAAAUUCUGAAAGUGAUGGGUUGAGAAUAAGAAGUUCAACAACAAAGGAAUCUAGUGUUAGAGUUCCAAAUGACAAAAAGGACAAUCGUCAAGCAGUAGUUCGGCUGUUGAUUUCCGACUCAGUUGCUAAAGGGCAUCUAAUGAUUGCCCAGUCUCUUCGCCUCUACCUUAGGGCUGGUUUGCAUUCAUGGGUUUAUUUAAAGGGAUGUGGUGCUAUUUUGAAGAAUAACAUGCCAAUGUGUUCACUUUCACCCUGCCACUUCAAGAUAUCUCCUAAAGAGAAAGCUGUUGAAAGAAAUGGUUUACAAGUUCUUGACAGGCAUAUAACUCGUAAGAAGAAUGACAUGCUUCUAACACCUGGCUCAAGCACCUAUAUAGAUGUUGUUGAUUGGUCAACCCAUGACAAAGUUGUUGCUGAUUUUUCUUGCAAAGAGGAUGAAGAACCUGCCCAUCAGUCUGACAAGGGAAAUGGGGUAGAAAUUCUACUUAAAGCUUGGAUCCUUGCACAGUUAGAUGCUAUUACUUCCAAAGCAGGAGUAGAAGUUAAUUCAUUGAUUUUGGGAAAUGAAACUUUGCUUCAUUUUGAAGUGAAAGGGAACCAGUCUGGGAUUGAGGAAUCAUCAAAUGAUUUCCUGGCAAACAAUAAUAUGAAUCCUGAAGUUCCAGUUGAAGUCUUGUAUGUAUUGACAAUUUCCAAGGAAUCUCAAUGUGGCGGAAAUGUGUAUGAGCUUGUAUUUGAUGAAAGAAACAAAGGCAACAACAAUAAUCUUGACUCACUUGAAAAGCAUAUGGGUGAACCUGUGUCCUUUUAUUCAGUAAGAGAAAGAAUGUCUGACAAAGAUAUUACUUCUGAUAUAUCUUCCUUGAGCUGGAUGGGGACAACUGCUUCUGAAGUUUUAAAUAGAAUGUUGGUGUUACUAACUCCUGCUUAUGGGGUAUGGUUUAGUUCACAUAAUCUUCCUCUCCCUGGACAUGUUCUGAUACAUGGACCUCCGGGUUCUGGAAAGACAUUAUUAGCGAGAACUGUUGGAAAAUGUCUUGAGGAACAUGGAGGCCUUCUAGCACACAUAGUUUAUGUAUGCUGUUCUCAACUUGCCAUGGAAAAGGCCUUGACCGUUCGCCAAGCACUCUCUAGCUACAUAUCUGAGGCUUUAGAUCAUGCACCAUCUCUUGUAAUUCUUGACGAUCUUGAUAGCAUUGUUUCAUCCUCUUCAGACUCAGAAGGAUCUCAACCUUCAACUUCUGUUGUUGCACUAGCAGAAUUUCUCAUAGACAUUAUGGAUGAAUAUGGGGAAAAAAGGAAGAUCUCCUGUGGAAUUGGCCCGCUUGCUUUCAUAGCUUCCUCAAAGUCAUUAGAGAGUAUGCCACAGUCAUUGAGCUCUUCAGGUAGGUUUGACUUUCAUGUCCAAAUGCCUGCUCCUGCUGUCUCAGAACGUGCAGCCAUUUUGAAACAUGAAAUUCGGAGGCGUUGCUUGCAAUGUUCUGAUGAAAUCUUACAAGAUGUAGCUUCCAAAUGUGAUGGCUAUGAUGCAUAUGAUCUGGAAAUCUUGGUUGAUAGAACUGUCCAUGCCGCCAUAGGUCGUUUUCUGCCUUAUCAGUUUGCUUCUGAUGAGCGUGAAAAACCCACUUUACUUGUGGAUGAUUUCUCUCGGGCAAUGCAUGAGUUCCUUCCGGUUGCCAUGCGUGACAUCACUAAGUCUGCUUCUGAAGGGGGUCGUUCUGGGUGGGAUGACGUUGGUGGUCUUGUUGACAUUUGCAAUGCAAUUAAAGAGAUGAUUGAAUUGCCUUCAAAAUUCCCAAAUAUCUUUGCAAAAACUCCUUUAAGGUUGCGGUCAAAUGUAUUAUUGUAUGGGCCACCUGGCUGUGGAAAAACGCAUAUAGUUGGUUCUGCUGCUGCUGCCUGUUCACUACGAUUUAUAUCAGUCAAAGGACCUGAGCUGUUGAAUAAAUACAUUGGUGCUUCUGAGCAAGCUGUUCGGGAUAUAUUCUCCAAAGCAGCUGCUGCAGCACCAUGCCUUCUCUUUUUUGACGAAUUUGAUUCUAUUGCCCCAAAAAGGGGACAUGACAAUACUGGAGUAACUGAUCGUGUUGUCAAUCAGUUUCUGACUGAAUUGGAUGGUGUUGAAGUUUUGACUGGUGUUUUUGUGUUUGCUGCAACAAGCAGUAGACCAGAUUUGCUUGAUGCUGCACUUCUGAGACCUGGUAGGCUGGAUCGCCUUCUGUUUUGUGAUUUUCCAUCUUCGCGUGAAAGGUUGGAUAUUCUAAGAGUCCUUUCGAAAAAGCUACCACUGGAUGGUGAUGUGGAUUUAUCUGCCAUAGCUGAUAUGACUGAGGGAUAUAGUGGGGCUGACCUUCAAGCACUUCUCUCAGAUGCUCAGCUUGCAGCAGUGCAUGAAAUUCUGGAUGGUACAUAUACCAAUGAUCCAGGGAGAAAGCCAGUUAUUUCGGAUGCACUCUUGAAGUCUACUGCUUCCAGGACGAGACCAUCUGUUUCUGAGGCUGAGAAGCAAAAAUUUUACAACAUUUACAGCCAGUUCUUGGAUUCAAAAAGAUCUGUUGCCGCACAGUCAAGAGAUGCAAAAGGCAAGAGAGCAACCCUAGCAUGAGAUUUGACUGAGCCUGAUGAUCUAAUAUUCUUGUGGAGUUGUGGUAGAGCAAGAUUCAGCAUUCUAUACUUUAUAUGGUUGGAGGUAGCUUUAGUUCUUCGUCGAGUGGCUGAUGUUGCCUCGUCAUCUUCACAAAAGAAGCAAAGAGGUGCAAGUCUACGUCGUGCACCAUGCCACAUGUACAUAGAAGGCACUAGUUAUACACCCCCAGGUCUUGAUUUUGGUUUCAAUGAGUGUUAUGUGAUAAUGUAGCAAAAAGGAGGGGUAGGAAUUGGUUUAAUUAAACACCCAGAAAAAGUUUAGAUUGAUGAAAAAACCCAACAAUGUGUUUAUCUUGAAUAAAAGAUAAAGCUAGUGUAGUUGUUUUUGUGGGGUCACAGAGAGCUUAGAUGACCGCAGUGAUUCAUCUGUGUAUUAGGAAUACAAUGAUGUAUACAAAUUUGAACUUGCAUACAUAGAGAUGUAAGAUGGCAUGUAUUGUGUGUUCUACACUACUCCCAAUUUAUGGAAAAUUAGUUGAUUUAUUUAUGAAAUGAAACACUCAGAUGUU